AUGGAGUUCAAGUUGUACAUCCAUCAAGUGAUAGCAAUUGCCUUUGUUCCCCCAGCUUUUGUCAGGCUGGCUUGGAGUGGAUUACAAGAGAAUUCUCCAGACUUUGACAACAAGGAGAGUUUUGUUCAGUACUUUGAAAGUACAUGGAUAGAUGGCAACUUUCCUAUUUGUUCAUGGAAUGUUUAUACACAAGAGGGUCCUUGCAUUAAUAACAAUGCUGAAGGAUGGCAUAGUAAAAUGAAGAAACUUGCUAGGAAAUCACACCCAAACAUUUACGAGGCAGUCACCCUUUUCAAGUCUGAACAAGCUGCAACAGAAGUCAGUUUAAUGCAGCUGGCUGCAGGAGGGCUUCCAAGAAGGAGAAGAAAGUACAGAACCACAAGAACAGACUAA